AUGGAUGCGGAACUCAAAACACUUGCAUGUAACCCUGGGAGAUAUUUUGGUUCCCUUGGGUUCAUGGAACUUGUAAAAGGGAAAGAUUCCAAGAUGGCGCAUAAAAAUGGGAAGAUGAUUUUCCCGGGAGUGUCUGACUGUGAUCUGGUGGUGAGGUUUGAACACUCAAUUGGAAUAUACAUGUGA